AUGAAAAAUUGGAACAGGUGGGUCCAAGGCACUUUGAUUCUAGUCAGUUUUUUGUUAUUUAGAAUCUUCGUGAACUAUGGCAGCGGUUCAGGCCCGGCUGGUCCCUCUUCUUUCUUUCGGGUGCCACGCGUGGAGCGACAACAGAAUCUAGACGCUUCGCUAUCCAUACCGCUUCUUGACAAAGUCAAUGAAUAUUGGAUGGUCAAGGGUGAAACACAGAUCAGGAAUAUGGGUAAUAUUAGGUUAACCUCUCGCGGUCAGUCGGGUCAAUACGGUAUGAUUGUGUCAAAUGGGGCUGGCGACAACAUUCUGGACGACUUCGAGACUAUAAUUCACUUCAACAUCUACAACAAGAACAAUCCUACCAGAGGAAACUAUCUAAUGGGAGACGGCAUGGCUGUAAUGAUUACCCCAGAGAAAGACUUCGUUUCUUACAAUCAUUUAUCGUCUUACGCUAGAAAACAGUACGAACAUAACUCUGGGGGCAUUAUGUACAAUGAUCGAGAUCUCAUGGGGCUGCCACGUAACUUACCUGGUCUCGCAGUCGUUGUGGAUACUUACAGAAACGAUGCCAAGACUAAGAUAAAUCCGCCAUUCAUGACUGUUCUACUCAACAUGGACCCUCAGAAACAUCAUUACAGCCUCGCAACGGAUGGCAAGGAAAGCACAGGUCAUUUGUUGAUGGGACCGCACAGACUUAAAAACUCUCUGAUGUCUGGAAAAGAUGUCAAGCUGAGAAUAAUAUACCUUGAAAGUAUUGGGUUUUUAAAGAUAGAUAUCAGGUAUCAUGGCAGCGACGAGUGGAUUGAGCUAUAUCAAAAGGACAAAAAUCUUUAUUUGCCCAAGAACAAGCGAACAGGAGAGAGGUAUAUAGCCAUAAGCGCCUUGACUGGUCAACUUUCCGAAACCGUUGAAAUACAGCGAGUUGAGACCUCAGAGUUUCAUUGGGAUGGCCACACUGAUGAAGAAUUCAAUUACGCAGAGGAGAUGCAAUUUUUUUUAGCUCACGAGUUUGGCGAGCGUAUUGGAAUUCAAGAGAGCGAGUAUAGCAGUUGGAAGCUGGCCAAAUCCCAGGGAAGAACAAAUUUAGACCUGCCGUCACAAAAAAAGUCAUCGUCAUCAAAAUCACAUUUCGUCAUGAAAUGGGUUUGCAUUAUCGUAUUUCUCUACGGACUUUCGCUCUCAGUGCGAAUCACUCUGAAGCGCAUGCGCAAAGUUCGAACAAAGAAGUAUGCAGUCAGCAUUUUGGGUUAG